CCGAUAGCAUCACUUAGAACGUCAAAGCUGCAAUUUUCCAAUUUUCAUUUUUUUAAGUGUCAUACAACGAUUUUGAUAAAAAUUUCGCUGCGAAUAGUCUUCUAGAGUCUAGUCGAAUGUUAUCUUUACUCGGACAAAAAAUUGGUUUUCGGUAUAAUGAUCGAUUCAAUUCGAUGUUAUCCAAGAACAAGUAUUUCGCUUUUCGUCUAUAGAAUUCUUGUUCUACAAAACGAACGCAACAGAAGACCACGUGGGUUAGUGUUCUGUGAUUAACGGUGAGGUUAGGUUUAUUUUCUGUUGUGUUAUGUAUUGUCACUUAUGGGUUGUUUUUUGUUUGAUGUAUCUGUGACAAAUUUGUGAAGAGCUUUUUGACGUUUGAGGCUGAGGAAGAUUUUCCGUUAUGUAUGUUCAAAAAGCAAAAACCGAAAAAUCUCUUGAACAGUAAAAAUUUCCUCGUCCAAAUGACCCAAAGCAACACGGAGUCAGAGAUGCUAAAGGAAAAAAUAAAAGUGGAAAAUGACUUCGAUAGUAAGAAAUUCAAAGUUAUUCAAACUACCAGUGGAUUUUUAAAAGAUGAGUAUGGCCAAUAUUUUGAACCAGAUGCUGCAGGCUGUGCUUCGGAUAGAUUCUAUGACUUGUAUGGCACAAUGCCAAAUUUUGAUUCUACUGAAGGGACAAGAGAGGGAGCUCUCAAAAUGCAAGAUGAAAAAGUAGAGUUGCAAAAAGACAUAGAUAACAGAUACAAUGAUACAGAAUGUCCUAAUGAACUGAUUAUUAAAAGUGAGAAUGCUGAAUCCGGAGUCAUAAAUGAAGAAAACAUCGAGAUUUUUUCAAACAGCAUAGCAGUUGAUCAUAAUUUUGAUAACUCUUGGAUAAAAUGUGAAGCCGUUGAAGAACUGAAGUUAGAAAACGAGUCCUGUGGAAUUACAGAAACCACUGAGGACUACAACAUUAAAGAUGAAGAUGCUGAUUUUACUGCUUCAGUUUCUAGUGAAACGUACGAGUGCACACAAAGUACUGCACAAGAUGAAACUGUGAUAAAUGGAAGUUGUAAACUCUUUGUGUGCAUCCACUGUAAUGAAACAUUCAGACUCAAGAGAGCUUUAGAUAACCAUAUAGCCAUGAAACAUCCUGAGCAUAUUUCAUUGGUUUCAAGUAAAAUACACGAAUGAACUAUUCAUUACUUUCCUUGCAAAAGAGACUGCAAAGCAGAUAGCAACAAGUAAACGGAAAACAAUAACAAAAAAAGAUGUUGAUAACACCAUUGAAAGCUGUUCGGUAUUAUGUUUUUUGGAUGGAGCAUUAGAAUGAUAUGAUGCACAGAAACCUAGAAUAGUAUGUAUUUUGUUAUACUUGAAAAUAUAAUUUUAGGUUUGAGAGACAUUUUUGUUAGAAAUAAGGUCCAGGUAAAGAUAUCACAGCCACACGAGAACUGUUGGAUAUUUCAACAGUUGUCUUGUGUGGCCAGAGUUGUUACAUUUUUAAAGCAGGAAUCAGACUGUAAGAUGUAAAAUAAAAAUUAUAAUUAUUU